CGCUGCUCUCUCUCCCGGGUGCUGCCGGCGGCGGUGACAAGGUUGUGCUCCGACCACGGACCUGGGCAUCGGCUGGGAAACGCCUCUGGUGUCUGCGGGGGGUGGAGGAUCCCGGGGCGGAGGCAGCAUGUCGGUGGCCGGCCUGAAGAAGCAGUUCCAUAAGGCCAGCCAGCUUUUCAGUGAAAAAAUCAGCGGAGCUGAAGGAACGAAACUAGAUGAAGACUUCCAGGAGAUGGAAAGGAAAAUUGACGUCACCAACAAAGUGGUGGCAGAACUCCUGUCGAAAUCCACGGAAUACCUCCAACCCAAUCCAGCAUCCAGAGCCAAGCUGGGAAUGUUGAACACUGUGUCCAAGAUCCGAGGGCAGGUGAAAGCCACCGGAUACCCACAGACAGAGGGCCUUCUUGGGGACUGCAUGCUUCGGUACGGGAGAGAACUCGGAGAGGAAUCUACGUUUGGCGCUGCUCUGAUUGACGUGGGGGAGAGCAUGAAGCAAAUGGCCGAAGUGAAAGACUCGUUGGACAUCAGCGUCAAACAGAACUUCAUAGACCCUCUUCAGUUGCUGCAGGAGAAAGACUUGAAAGAGAUCGGGCAUCAUCUAAAGAAACUAGAAGGUCGGCGUUUGGACUACGACUACAAAAAGAAGCGCCUGGGAAAGAUACCAGAUGAAGAGGUUAAGCAAGCUGUGGAAAAGUUUGAAGAGUCCAAGGAGCUGGCAGAGAGAAGCAUGUUUAACUUCUUAGAAAAUGAUAUAGAGCAAGUUAGUCAGUUGCUAGUCUUGGUAGAAGCUGCGCUAGACUACCAUAAACAAUCUGCAGAAAUCCUCGAAGAUCUUCAGAGCAAGCUGCAGAACAGAAUAAACGUUGCAUCGAGUCGUCCCAGACGCGAGUUCAAGCCAAAGCCGGUGAUAACGACAGUGUUGGAAAUCAGCGACGGCCAACAGCACAAUGGCAUUUCGUUUAGUUCGCCAAUAAAAUCAACAGGCUCUUCAUUGCACAUGGACCAGCCAUGCUGUCAAGCCCUGUAUGACUUUGAGCCAGAAAAUGAAGGGGAGCUUGGCUUUAAGGAAGGGGACAUCAUCACGUUAACCAAUCAGAUUGAUGAGAACUGGUACGAGGGCAUGUUAAGUGGUGAAUCGGGCUUCUUCCCCAUCAAUUAUGUCGAAGUCAUUGUCCCGUUACCGCACUGAGCACAUUGCCCUGUCCUGACAAUGGAUGCAGCUUUGUGACCGAAAACCUUUGCCCGAAAGUGGCUCCCAUUUGUGUGGCAUUCUGUGAAAGCCUUGCUUUUUUCGACCAAGACUGACUUUUUGUAUGCGCCUUUCAGAAACGUAUUUAUUUUGUAUUCAUGUAGUUUGUAUAUACAUAUAUUAAAACCCUUCUUCCCUUUUGUUAAAUGAAACUAGAGGGGGGGGGGAAACUUGGCCUGGCCAACUGUUUUGCUUUGUGCCUUCAAGGUGUCUUUACCAGUAGCUCAGUGGUGGCUCCAAAAACUGAAAGCUCACAACCCCACCUGUCUGUCUUGGCUGCUGCAAAUUUGCUCUUGACCACCCAUCUCAGAACAAGAGAGUCACACUCCUUGUAACCGGAUGACGUUGAGCAGAUUUCAUUCUGCACAUCUUAACUGUGAAAACCUAAUGCCCUUUGUGUGCUAAGAGCAGAGUGGUGCCCUUUAUGAAGAUGUUGCUGUACUGAGUACGCUGUCUGAAAGUCAAAAACUCCUACAAGUCACUGGCCAAAUGUAAUAAAACAUUGCCAUGAAAAAUA